UGUUUCCAGUCAUCCAAGAGAAGUCUCCAAACUCACAAGCCAUCAUGAGAGCAAUGGGAGCUCGCUUAAUAAUCUUCAUGUUCUGCUGGUCUGCCUCUCUAGCAAUGUAUUUCCAUAUAGCAGAAAAAGAGGAAGCAUGCCUAAUCGAAGACAUUCCUUCAGACAUUUUGGUUACAGGACGUUAUAAGUUACAAAAGUGGGAUAUGCACAAACAUGAUUUCCUCCCAUCUGCACCUGGACUAGGAAUGUAUGUCAAUGUAAAAGCUCCGAAUGAUGAGACAUUGUUAUCAAAAUUGUACGGGCCUGAAGGGAAAUUUAUGUUUACCUCACACUCCCCUGGAGAGCACACUAUCUGUAUCCAGUCAAAUUCUACAAAUCUUAUAUCUUUUGGUUCAAACAAGCUGCGUGUCCACUUUGACAUACAAGUAGGAGAACAUCCUGUAGAUUAUGCAACCAUUGAUACCAAGGAUAAAGUAAAGGAAGUUACAUACGGUCUUGAGCAUCUCAUGGGGGAAGUCAAUCAUAUAAUUAAAGAACAAGAAUAUCAAAGACUACGAGAGGAACACUACAGGCAAAAGAGUGAAGACACUAACAGCAAUGUGUUGUGGUGGGCGAUUGCACAGACUGUGAUCCUAACUUCUGUUGGAAUCUGGCAAAUCAAACGCUUUAAAGAUUUCCUCAUUGCAAAAAAAGUUGUUUAAACCACAAUGGAAAAUAAAAAUGUUUUUGAUAAAAGUGUAUAUUUAAAGAACAGAAACAAACAUUUUCACAUGUGACACUUGCAACUCGCCCAUCCAGUAUUUUCAUUUCCUACCUAAAAAUAAAUAAAUCUUAUUUGUGAAUUAUA